CUCUUCUUAACAGAAAAAAAAAACUACCGACCAAGUCCAAUUCUGGUUUCUAACCUUAAAAAACAACUCAAUUUGGAGCCUCGACUAUAUAUAAAUACCAUAAAUGCACACGUAUGUACGGUUUUGACAGUUAGAGGCCAAACUUGUUGUAUGCUGAUAUAGACCUAGAAGUUAAGGGACUAAAGUGUAUUCUUCUAUAUAAAAACUACAUCAAACAUCGAUCGAUGACUUCCAUAUAGCAAGUCAUUGUAGGAUCUCUUUCUCUCUGUACUUGUGUCACUUAUCUACUGUGCGUGGCAGGUACUCAUCCAGCAUAUAUACGAGCAUAUUAGGCAGGCUCAGUACUCAGGACGGAUCCAAUUUGUUGUGGCUGCUCCACUUCUUUCGCUCUCCUCUCCUCUCCUCAUCGCCGGCAAGAGCUAUCCACCAUUAAUCCACAUGGAGGCGUCCCACAUGUCCAACUGCACUGGCAGCGUCUCGGCCACGCCAUCCCCUGCGCCGACUCCGAUGCCGACGCUUUCGCCAUCAUCGGCAUCGUCGGCCCUGGACUACGGCGUGGCGGUGAUCCUGGCGGCGAUGCUGUGCACGCUGGUGUGCGCGCUGGGGCUCAACUCCGUGUUCCACCACUGCGUUGCCCGCUGCUGCUCCCGCCGCCUCGGCCUCGGCGCCCACGUCGGCAUCCACAGCCGCGGCGCCAUUGCCACCACCAACAACGCCGGGCUCAAGCGCGGCGACGCUCUCCUCGCCCUGCCCGUCUCCACUUAUCACACGGCGCACAACAACAAGCAGCAGCAGCAGCAAGGCUCUGCCGGGCACUGUGCCAUCUGCCUGUCGGACUUCGCGGACGGGGAGACCGUCCGGGCGCUCCCCGUCUGCGGCCACGGCUUCCACGUCGCUUGCGUCGACCGCUGGCUCGUGUCCCGCUUCUCCUGCCCGACCUGCCGCCGCCGCCUCUCCGACAACGUCUCCGCAGGCGGCGCCGGGGACGGAGAAGAAGAAGGAGGUCGUCGUGCAGGCCGCGACAACCAGCUGCAAGUUUUGGCCGCCGUGUGAUCGUGAUCCAGCGGUGGUCGAUCGCCGUCGCUUCCCUCUCUGUUCUUGCUUCGCUUCAGAGUUCACACCCACUGUGUUCCGGGCCUUCCGGCGUACUCUGUUCCUAAAUACUUGUUAGUGCAAUUGCACUAAAACGAAGACGAGUAUUUAGGAACUAGGGAGUAAGUAUUAAACUAUGGCGUAUGUCAGUUUUACUGUGCGUGUGACCGACGUUCACAACGUACGGCUAUAGCCCUCUGUUUGAUGGGUUUACUUUGCCAUCCCGAGUGCUUUUCGACUAAAGAGAAAUAAAUCAGUGAGAUCACCAGGCUAUGGCCGGCGACUUGUUCCGUUUUAA